UGACCGCACAAGACUAUAGCAAGAAGAAUUACGUUGCUGAUAAAACUCUCAACAAUGAUUAUAUUACCAAACGAGUUCUAACAACUGGUCCAGUUCUAGAGGUGCAACGUGCUACAUUUAGCAAUCUGUACAUGCGAUCUUUUUCCCUUGCAUAUCGCGAUUUGCAACUUGACCUACCGCAGGAACAAACUUUAGGUUCGUUUCUUGAACAUUCCUUUAAUGCUACUUGGUCUCUAAUACAGUCAGGAAAACUACAAUUAUGGGUCGAAGUUUCUAGAGACUCUUCGGAGCUCAUGGUUGGUUUCAUGUGUAUCCAAACGAAAGACGAUAUCUGUUAUAUCGAGCAGUUUGUAGUUCAUCCAGAUUUCCAACGCAUUAAGAUUGGUUCGAGUCUCCUCAAAGUAAUCGAAGAGCGCUACCGCCUCAUCUGGCUGCAUACGCGUCAUAUUAAUGAAGUUGCAAUUUCAUUCUACACGCGACAUGGCUUUAUUCGCUCAGAUGUUGAUGACGAUGAUUCGGUGUAUCCCAUUGAAUUUCCCUCACGUUCUUCAAAAACUUAUUUGCUGAUGAAAAAAGUGAUAUCUUAAUAGCGAAUAAAGAUUUGUUAGGAUUAGAUCAAUUUCAAAAGGAAAAA